AUAUCUAUACAAAAUCGAAUCAGCUGUUUGCUGAUGUUUAUUGUUUACCUGCUUCUUCUGUGAAAUUACCUGUAGUAAAUACCAAAAAUUAUAAAUUAUUUAUGUACUGUGAUUUUUGAGAAAAAUAGUAUAAUAAACAAAGUUUUCCAAAGACCAAUAAAGAAUUUUGGAUAUUUAGUCUUAUUGAUUUUAAUAAUUUUAGUUAAUAUGGAAAUAUUUAUGGCACUUACGUCGUCACAAAAAAAUUGUUUAAUAAAUGUUAUAAGUCCUGAAGGAAAUGUUGCAAAUAUUACUGUAAAACCAAAUUUUACUAUUGAGAAAGUUAAAACACUAGCAAUGAAGCAGUUGUAUGGUAAUGAUAAGACAAAAGUACCAUCCCAAUUUCGUUUAAUACAUUCAUCAAAGUUUCAAAAACUGGUAGAUGGGAAUAAUAUAAAUGAUGAGCAAGUUAAAGAAAAUGACACGUUGUUAUUAACAAAAAUACGUCCAGCAUGUCCAAAAGUACCUGUAACUGGCAGAGGUAUGGAAGGACCAAAUGAAGAAGCAAUAUUACAAGCAACCAAUGAUUUACCUACAUCCAAUUUACCUCGUUACAUUCAACCUAUUAACUGUGUUAUGAAUGUAAAUGUACAGGAUGUUUGGCAGCAGAAUGAAAUGAAACAAAUUGUAGUAUCAUUAGCACGGACAUCUGCAAAACUAUUAAUGUACAGUUCCGAAGCAAAAAAGACUUACAACAUUUUAAAGGAGAAAUUAAAAAGAACCUGCGACCCACCUGUAAAUGAAGAUAUUUUAAAAUGUCUCAUGGAUUUUGGCUAUUCUCAUGAAACAAGCGUACAGGCAAUUCUUUUAUCAGGAGCAACUACUCAGAUAGAAGUAAUGGACUGGUUAAUAGAUUCAGUACCAGAUUUUGAUGCUGAUAAUGAUUAUUCUCAUCUGCUAAGAAUUGGAAAUUUAGAAGAGGAUGGGAAUAUAAUAAACAUCGUUGAAUUCUUGUUGAAAAGCUUUUAUCUUGUUAAGAAGCUAACUAUCAAUGCUGAUACAAAAGCACUAAUAGUCUUAAUGGAAAUGGGAUUUAAUGGAAAGGAUGUUGUUAAUGCUCUGAAAAUGACUGGGAACAAUCUGGUUAAUGCUUGUGAAUGGCUGCUUGGAGAUCAUUCGUAUAGUUUACGCAAUUUAUAUGAAGGCUGUAAUCCUGAUAGUCCAGUCUAUGAGGCAAUCAUAAAUAACGCAGACAUUCAGAUUAGUCUCAAAAAUCCCAAAAUGUUAUUAGCGUUUCUAUCUAUAAUAGAAAGUACAACAUCGAUAUGGAUGUUAGAUAUUGAUGUAUUACCAAUUUUAGAAAAAAUAUUUACAAUAUAUAGGAAUGAAAAGUACGCCAUUUACAUCAAUAAAUGUGCAGGCGAAUAAUGUUAAAUUAUAAUUAAAAAGACAAUACUCCAUUGAGUAUUAUGCGCAUAUUUGAUAAGGUAAGAAAUAUCAAUAAAAGAACAUAUGCCUUAUUAAAGAUGAAUUAUUUAUUUAAAAAAUUUUAAAACCUAAUAUUGUCCGUAAAUAAGUAAUUAACAAUUUUUCAUGGAAAUUAGUGUUUCUCUAAUACAAUCUAAUAGUUCAUUUUAAGUGCAAGAACUUUCACAGCAUUCCGGUUUUGUCUUGUUACAUAGUUUCUUUUACAUAAUGUCUUACAUAGUUGUAUAAUAUACAUAUAAACUCUUCUUCUCUUACACUAUUGCAAUAUUAAAAUCUUAUGAAACUUA